AUGCUUACAGACCGCCAAAAGCAUAUCCUCAGGCACAUCGUGAGCGACUAUGUCCACGAUGCAGUUCCUAUAUCAUCGGAGAGCCUCACUCGGAAUCACCGUCUAGGCGUAAGCCCCGCGACGGUGCGUAAUGAGGUCGCCGCGCUUGAAGAGCUUGGAUAUAUCUCGCGUCCGCAUACGUCGGCCGGAAGCGUCCCCGAGGACAAGGCCUAUCGUCUCUAUGUCGAGUCAUUCGUUUCUAACGAAGCCGACAGAGUGCCGUCCCAGACCCGCGCGACAAUCAGCAAUAGGUUCGACGAUGUCCGGGACGACGUUGACCGCUGGGGAAGCGUCGCGGCGACCCUGAUUUCGCAGAUCAUGGGAAACCUGGGCAUCGCCACCUUCCCCAAGACAUCUGUAUCGCGGGUCAGGCACCUGGAGCUGAUCCCCCUACAGGACGUGCUCGCACUGCUCGUCGUCGUGCUGGAGCAGGCCAAACUCAGGAAGCAGCUCCUGCGUUUCGAACUGCCCGUGGACAGGUCUCACCUCGAGUCGAUUUCCACUCGCCUUCGCGGCCAGAUGAUCGGGCUCACUCACGAGGAAAUCGCGGAGCAGGCGGUGGCGCUAACGACACCCGAACGCCAGGCAGUAGACGCUACGAUGCUCAUGCUCCAGGAAGAGGACUCAUCUGGCCACGAUGACCACUACGUCAAUGGUCUGCGCAACCUUCUGGACCAGCCGGAGUUCGUAGAUUACGACAAGGUGAGGCCGAUCAUUCACGGUAUAGAGGACGGCUCUCUGGUCGAAGCCGCACUCGAAGAGGCGCCAGUGGGACAGUUCGUCCGUGUAGUGAUCGGACGGGAGCACCAGGGAGACGUUCUGCGUCCCCUUAAGCGUGGUGAUUUGCAGAUACGGUGUGCCGGGCCACGCGCUCGGAACGCUGGGACUGAUAGGCCCCACACGAAUGGAGUAUGA